AUGCUGCGUGCACGAUUACAGGACGAGGUCGCGACAGCCGCAGUCGAGUCGCUGGCGUCGUGUUGCGCAGUCGCAGACCCCAGCCAGCCGGGCGCCCCCCUCGUCCACGUCAGCGCGGGCCUGGAGGCGCUCAGCGGGUUUGCCGCGGCCGAGCUCGUCGGGCGCAGCUGCAGCGAGGUGAUCCAGCCUCUGCAGCAGCUGAGCAGGGAUGACGUCAGCAUUGCAAGCCAAGAGGAGGGCGCCGCGGAGGAGCCCGCGGCAGGCGGCGGGGGCGGCGGCGACGGCGGGGGGGGCGGCGCGUGCUGCAGCGCGCUCACCGCGGCGCUGGAGGGGCGCGGCGGCGAGCCGGCCGGCCCUGAGGAAGCGAGCCUCACGCGCAAGGACGGGCGGACUCUCAGGCUGCUGGCGUGCCUCGUCCCAGUGGUCGGCGCCGACGGCGCCCUGCUGAGGUGGCUGGUGGUUGUGUGCGACCCGGACGACAGGGCACAGCGGGCGGCCGCAGAGGCGGCCGCGGACGGGCAGCAGUUUGCGGCCCGGUGGGGCGAGCAGGUGCGGUCCACCUUGGGGGCCCACAUCAUCACGGACGCCUGCCUGCCGGACACAUCCGCGUGCGCAGCAGCCCCAGACGACACGGAUGGCGACAGCAGGCGUAGCAGCGGCAGCUGCGGCAGCUGCGGCAGCUGCACGGUCGUGGCGGUGUCGGCGGCGGCGCAGCAGCUGACAGGGAUGGGCAGCGGCGAGCUCGCGGGGUGCAGCUGCCUGUGCCUGGCAGGGCCAGAGACCGCAGGCAGCGGCAUGCGCAAGCUGAUGGCGGCUCAGCUGACUGGGAAGGCGGCGUGGGCCAAGCUGCUGCUGUACAGGAGGGAUGGCAGCCCCUUCUGGACGCUGGUGUAUGCGUGCCCCCUGUCGUCGCAGGCGGUAGCGGGGCAGCAGCAGCGCUCAGACAACAAGCAGCAGCCGGGCGAGGGCAGCAGGCAGGCGCCGCUUGACAGUAGACAGCAGCAGCAGCAGCAGCAGCAGCAGCAGCAGCAGCAGCAGCAGCAGCAGGGUCAGGAGACUGAGGAUGUGGGGGGCAGCAGUGGUGGUGCUAUUAGCGGCAAGGAAGGCAGCACGACCGGCAGCGGCAACAGUGGCGCCGUCGUAUGCGCGGCGGCGCACGGCAGCGAAGCGAGCUCGCGCCCCAGCGACAACACGACAGGCGGGGCGACCGGCGCCGGCGCCAGCUGGCGGCUGCUGGUGGUUGCUGACGUCACCAGCGCCCGCCUGAAGCGGCUGGGCAAGUAUGUGGUCGGGAAGGUCAUCGGGCAGGGCGCCAGCGGGGUCGUGCGCAUGGGCAAGAACCCGGCCACAGACGAGCUGGUGGCCAUCAAGACGGUCGACGCGACCCGUUUCAGGUCCCUCGCCGAGAUAGAGCAGGUGCAGGAGGAGACGUCUGUGCUGUCUGCCCUGAAGCACCCCAACAUCAUCCGCCUGCUGGAGGUGCACUUCAUGGCCGGGGUGUUCUACUUUGUGAUGGAGUACGCAGAGGGGGGCGCCCUGGUGAAACACAUAUAUGGACGCGAGGGCGGCCUGCCCGAGGCGGAGGCGCUGCGGAUCUUCCUCCAGAUCACGUCCGCCCUCGAGUACUGCCAUAAGCGGCGCGUGGUGCACCGCGACCUCAAGCCGGAGAACAUCCUCAUGGAUGACGCCGGCAACAUCAAGAUUGCCGAUUUCGGCCUGGCCGCGGUGACUGCGCCCGCGGAGGGCGCGCUCAACGCGCAGUGCGGCACGCCCGAGUUCACCGCCCCGGAGAUCGUGGGGGGCAAGGAGUACGACGGCCAGGCGGUCGACCUGUGGAGCCUGGGGGUACUGCUGUAUGAGGCCCUGAGCGGGGAGCUGCCAUUCCGGGGCUCCAGCCAGGGGGCCCUAUUCCGAGCCAUCCAGAGCCAGGAUGCGCGGGACAUGGUGCGGCGGCUGCUUACGGUGGACCCCGCGCAGCGCAUGGCCUGGGAUGAGCUCAACAGGCACCCCUGGGUGGUGGCAGCGCUUGCUGGCAAGCCGCAGCCUGCCUAUGUGAUGCUGCAGCGCUGA